GCAGGCGCUUUAGGCUGCUUCUGCCUCCAGUCGGCCGCCAUCUUUGAGCUACCGGGGGGAUAGUGGGAAGGUUGUUGUCGGCUUGCGCUGUUGGUUAUGCAAAAUGCCAGCUCCUGUUCGAUUGCGAGAACUAAUUCGCACAAUCCGUGCUGCCAGAACACAAGCAGAAGAACGAGACGUAAUUCAGAAAGAAUGUGCACUUAUCAGAUCAUCCUUCAGAGAGGAAGACAACACAUAUCGUUGCCGAAAUGUAGCAAAACUCAUCUACAUGCAUAUGCUUGGGUACCCAGCGCACUUUGGCCAGCUGGAAUGUUUAAAGCUAAUAGCAUCACAGAGAUUCACAGACAAGCGAAUUGGCUACCUUGGAGCAAUGCUGUUACUAGAUGAGAGACAAGAUGUCCAUCUACUGAUGACAAACUGCCUUAAGAACGAUUUGAAUCACAGCACGCAAUUUGUCCAGGGCCUCUCUCUUUGUACACUGGGCUGCAUGGGAUCAUCAGAUAUGUGCAGAGAUCUGGCUGGAGAAGUGGAGAAACUACUGAAAAAUUCCAAUUCUUACAUUCGUAAAAAGGCUGCACUGGCUGCUGUACAUGUUAUAAGGAAAGUACCAGAGCUGCUGGAAAUGUUUCUACCUGCUACAAAAAACCUUCUUAAUGAUAAGAACCAUGGUGUCCUCCAUGCUGCUGUUGUCCUUGUCAUAGAAAUGUGUAAACAUAGCCCUGACACACACACUUAUUUUCGCAAGGUUGUUCCACAACUGGUCAAAUCCCUGAAGAAUCUAAUAAUGUCGGGUUACUCACCGGAACAUGAUGUGUCUGGAAUUAGUGACCCAUUCCUUCAGGUGCAGAUUUUAAGGUUGUUGAGAAUGCUGGGAAAAAGUGAUGACGAAGCUAGUGAACAAAUGAAUGAUAUUCUCGCUCAGGUGGCAACCAACACUGAAACCAGUAAAAAUGUAGGCAAUGCCAUUUUAUAUGAAACGGUGUUAACAGUGAUGGAUAUCAAGUCUGAAAGUGGGUUAAGGGUUCUAGCUGUAAAUAUUUUGGGUAGAUUUUUACUAAACAAUGAUAAAAAUAUUAGGUAUGUUGCAUUGACGUCACUUUUGAAGAUGGUGCAGACAGACCACAAUGCAGUACAGAGACACCGGAGUACGAUCGUAGACUGUCUCACUGACCUCGAUGUCUCCAUUAAAAGACGUGCGAUGGAUUUGUGCUUUGCCCUGGUUAAUGGCAGCAAUGUCCGAGGAAUGAUGAAAGAAUUACUCUAUUUUCUGGACCACUGUGACCCAGAGUUUAAGGCGGACUGUGCUUCAGGAAUAUUCCUAGCAGCAGAAAAAUACGCUCCAAACAAACGAUGGCACAUUGACACCAUCAUGAGAGUUCUCACCACAGCUGGAAGUUAUGUUCGAGACGACUCGGUGCCUCUGUUGAUUCAGCUCAUCAGUAAUGCAAACUCCCUUCAUGCAUACAUUGUGCAGAAGCUCCAUCAGGCCAUUCGUGUGGAUAUUUCACAGCAACCUCUUGUGCAAGUUGCAGUGUGGUGUGUUGGAGAAUAUGGGGAUCUUCUUUUGUCGGGGGAGUUUGAGGAGGAAACACCAGUUCAGGUUACAGAAGAUGAGGUGUUGGAUGUUUUGGAAAAGAUUCUGCACUCCAGUCUCUCAGCACUGUCAACCCGUGAAUAUGCCCUAACUGCCAUUAUGAAGCUUAGCACACGACUGCAGAGCAGCACAAAUCGCAUCAGAAAGGCAGUUUCUAUCUAUGGAAGCAGCUUGGACGUUGAGCUUCAACAGCGAGCAGUGGAGUACAGUGCACUCUUCAUGAGGUUCGACCACAUGAGACCAGCUUUACUGGAGCGCAUGCCUCUCAUUCAAAAGACUGGUACCAAUGGACCUAUGAAUGCUACGAUUCAUGGUGAUGAAAAGGAGGAAGGGGGGAACUUACCAGUACAAGAGCAGCUGUCCCAGCAAGCCCAGGUUAACAAUUUGUUGGAUCUGCUUGAUGACAGCAAGCCAACUGUAUCACUGCCUGAAGCAAGCAAAGUACAUCAAGCAAGGGGAGAGCUGCUAGAUCUUUUAGAUGGGUUGAACAUGCCAGAUUUGCAGUCAUCAGGUCUGUCAGCUGGGCAGCCACAAUUACUUCCAGAUGGCAUUGCUCCUCCCAGUUUUCAGAAUGCUUCCAAUUCAAAGCAAGGUAUUCCUUCCAUCACCGCCUUCAAUCAAAAUGGGCUGAAAAUAGAGUUUUCUUUUGAACGUUCCAAAGCAAACCCUAAUAUGCUGUUCAUUACCCUGUGCGCAUCAAAUUCCACUGAGAUAGAUAUGAGCAACUUUGUUUUGCAAGCUGCUGUACCAAAGUCUUUCCAACUUCAAUUGAUGUCUCCCAGUGGCAGCAUCAUUCCUGCUAAGAAUUCUGGAGCAAUCACACAGCUGAUGAGAGUUCUCAACUCCCAAAAGCAACCAUUGAGGAUGAGACUGAAGCUAAUGUACAAUCACAAGGAAGUACCGUUUGAAGUAAUGACAGACGUCAAUGAAUUCCCGACCCAAGCCUGGGAAUGACUUGAACACAAAUGUUUAAUCCAUGGACUAGACUAUACACUGUGCUGCAAUAUACAGUCACCCUGUGGUAAAGCUGGCAUCAGACUUCACCUGUAUUGAAGAAGAAAUUGAUUAUUUCCUGGUAAUUCUACAAGGACAUUACUUGUGUGCUGGAUCCAUUGUAUAUCUGAGGUGGAAUCUUAUGUCUUUAACAAUCUGUUACCAUGGAUCUGUUUGUAAUAAGAUGUUAAGUAGCUUUGAACAAAAAUAUUACCUAAAUGAAUAGGUAGGCAAAAUCAUGUUCACAACCCAGCCCAUUGGUUUAGCUCAGAAUUCUAUUUAUUAUUUGAAAUAUUCAGAGAAAACACAAGGAAUAUUCAUGUUAAUGCUGUGACAACUUGUACAAUUUAAUAUAUCCAGAUAAUUAAUUUCCGAUUGUUACAUGUAGAUGUUCCAUUGAUGGUUUUCUUCAGGUAGAAUGCAAACCUCUUCCCACUGACCAAGUCAACCAGUGCCACUAUCUUGCAGACUCCCUCACAUAUUUCGAAGGCUUUCGGCAGUGCAAUUGUGUCAUUCUGCAAGCACUGAUCCCCCUCCACUGGAAUGGUCUGUGUUUUAUUGAAGAAUGGGACAAGGUGAGGGAAACAGCAGUGGUGUUUACAGUCCAGCUUCUUGUUUUCUCCCUGAGGAAAUCCUAAUGACCAAGAGCCUUUAACCACACUGUAAGCUAUUAAAAAUGGUGUUGCUUUCUUUGCUGAAGAUCUACACUUCUAUUACAAACUUGUUUUGCACUGAUAUGAAAAGUAAACAGAAUUGGGCACUGGUUACUCACCAAAACAUGACUGCUUUUUAAAGGAAUGGCGUUAGGCCAUCUCACAUUUUGAAAUGAGCCAUUUUGCAGAUUCACUGAUGGGGCAACACACUUCCAUUGUUGGGCAUAGCUUUAUUUCUUUUUGUUGACUAUAUUGUAACAUGGCAACAUUCUCAUUUUAGAGUCUUUGUUCAAAGGUGACCAUGAAAAUCUGUAGUAAUGACACACAUAAAUAGGUAUUCUAUCAGCAUAAUACAUUGCUGCUAAUUUGUUUAAACCUAAGGUGAGGUUUGUCGUACCGAAGGAGACUAUAAUACUGUUCCCCAAAAUAGAUCUGUUUAACUUGCAUCCAAACAGUUAAUUGUAUCUUAAUUUUUUUCUCCAUGUUUUCAUUAAAUUGGGAUUCUACACUCUAAAGUGACAGCAGAAUUGCAAUAUUUGUUCUUCUGCCUACAUCUCCAGAAAGGUGUGAAAUAUGUAGUUAACAUUGCUGUAGCUCACAGAUCAAAACAAAAUGUAACUCUUGCAAUUAAAUUCUGCCUACGGGCAGAUCAUAUGGGUGGAGAUGAUAGGAGACAAAUUUGAAAUCUUGUUUUGUUGCAUUUGCUUUAUCCAAUGUCACCUUGAUUGGGUAUUUUCUGUUUGUUUUGUGUAUAUGUCAACUGGUCUUACUAUUCCCUUAUGUAGCUACUGGUGUAGAAAGUGCAACGCAAGUGGCAAGGUUUGUGGCUGUAAACUGCAAUGGCAUUCUGGCCUUUGGCUAGAGACAGCAAGCUGUACCGCAAAGCAUUUAUUGCCAACUCCAUCAUUUUUAGUUUGAAAUGUAUUUUGAUGUUUGACACAGUGUAUGUCCAUGUGGAGUCCGGUAAUAAAAUUGCUGGGUUCUGGAGCUCUCAGAACGAUCUGUAUUACACCAUUUCUGUAGCUGCAUUGAAGUCAAGAACAUGACUGCAACGCAACUUUACUCAAGAGAGCUAAUAACUCAUCCAUUAAAUGAAAUGUGUUGGUUUCAAAUCCAUCAACAAUGUCCUGAAGGCCAUCUGCUGGCCACUGUCUGCACCAAAACACUAACAGGUUACAAUUUCCGGGUUGCAAGCAAAAUAAACCAGACAACUACAAGCCUUGUGUUAAGCAGGUGAGACUUAGUGAAUGCUUUUCAGAAUCUGUUUAUCAAAUGAGUGACGUGGAUCAUGGUGCCUGGAAUAGUUUGGGUCACUUCACCAAUAUUCAGGCAACAUAUGCCCAAACAGUAGCACAAUCUCCAUAGGCUAUUGAGGUUGCUGGAAAACUGUUGCUGCACCAUCCCAUUUUUCUGUAAAAUAAGUCUUGUUCACAGUUUAAUUUUAUGUACAUUUUGAAAGUGUUCAAAUGAACUUUUAUUUUGUUCAAUGAAUGUUGUACACAAUGGUGCAGACACAAAUGUAGGUUGUUAACUUUGUACCCAGUAAUAAAAGAAAAUUAACCAUGGAUGUUUUCUUGUACACCUGGAGAACUGAAAGAUUGGGAUGGUUCACAGAGCCGUUUCAGACUGGUUAUAACUCCUGUAUGAAGAAUGUAGACAAACGUUGAUAUCGUGAAUAAAUGGCUCAACUGAGUGAAACAAAAGAGCAAAGGCUUGGUCCAAUACACUGGAUUAUUGGUUGUAACCAGAGCAAGGGGGUCUCCUGACUGGAGCUGAAUCAGUAGCUGGUUCAUGUAACCGUGUUUGUUUUAUAAUCCUGGCUGGUGUCUGACUCUAUGUCAGCAUGUGAGAUUUACGCCUGCCUGGUGGGUGACAAGAGUGCAGUGGAUGUACUACUAGGUGAGUUUGAAUUGGAUCUCUGUAGAAAUGUUGCACUGAUGAGAUGUGGCAGUGAUAUGUUGAGUAUAUCAUGGGCAUAUAAACAGAAAGACCAUACUAUCAGUUCGGUACAUUUUGGCACUGAAUAAAAGUUAUUUUGAAA